AUGAUGAGAGACCCUGGCUGGAUUAGAAAUGUGUGGCCUUCGAACAUUAAUACUCAAACCAUGAAUUACGUGGGGCAGUUGGCGGGCCAGGUGUUUGUCACCGUGAAGGAACUCUACAAGGGGCUGAACCCUGCCACCCUGUCCGGAUGUAUUGAUAUCAUCGUUGUCCGCCAGCCCAACGGGAGCCUGCAGUGCUCCCCUUUCCACGUGCGCUUUGGGAAGAUGGGGGUCCUGCGUUCCCGAGAGAAAGUGGUUGACAUAGAAAUCAACGGGGAAUCUGUGGAUUUGCACAUGAAAUUGGGAGAUAAUGGAGAAGCAUUUUUUGUUCAAGAGACGGAUAAUGAUCAGGAAGUGAUCCCCAUGUACCUGGCCACCUCCCCUAUCCUGUCGGAGGGAGCCUCGCGCAUGGAGUGUCAGCUGAAAAGGAGCUCUGUGGACAGGAUCAGAAACCUGGACCCCAGCGCAUCAGUCCAGGCCUUACCUCCCAGUGAGGCCCCUUCGAGCGGCUCUUUAGUGAAGAAGAGGAGGAAGAGGAGGAGAAAGUCCCAGCUGGACACCCUGAAAAGAGACGACAACAUGAACACAUCUGAAGAUGAGGACAUGUUUCCCAUAGAGAUGAGCUCGGACGACCAGGCCGACCCGCUGGACGACAGUAGGACUCUUCCUAGUGAUACACCUGCAUUCCAAGAAGAUGUUUGUAAAGAAAGCCCUUCCCCGAUCAUGACUUACCCUCAGUCAGCAUCGUACCCUAAUUCUGAUAGAGAGUGGUCACCCAGCGCCAGCCCAAUAGAUUGCCAAAGGACUGCCCCCUGCUUGGCGGUUGCGGCCGAGGGAGGCCUUUCUAGCUCUUGCCCUCCACAGUCUUCCUACUUCCAUGCUUCGGAAAGUCCUUCAGGUUCUCGACCUUCAACACCUAAAAGCGAUUCAGAAUUGGUCAGUAAGGCCACCGAUAGGACGAUGCAGAAGAAUAACCUAGAAAUGCUUUGGCUUUGGGGAGAAUUGCCACAAGCAGCAAAGUCCUCUCCACACAAGAUGAAAGACUGCAGCCCGUUAAACAGUAGAAAAAUCAGUGAUAAGAUGCACUUUCAGACCAUCCAGAGUGAGUCUUCAGAUGCGUUUAGUGACCAGUCGCCAACCCUGGCCAGGCCUCCCGUGAUGCCCGUUCCAGAGUCGGGCAAGCCUCCCAUGGAGAUGCAGUUUGUGAACGAAGAAGAUGUCGAGGCCUUGGGGGCGGCAGCCCCGCCUUUAUCUACGAUCGAAGAACCCAAACCCCUCUCUGCCAGCGUAGCCCCGACGGCAAGCAAGACAGAUUCUCCUUCGAGGAAAAAAGACAAACGAAGCAGGCAUCUUGGUGCUGACGGCGUCUACUUGGAUGACCUCACAGAUAUGGAUCCUGAAGUGGCUGCCCUGUAUUUUCCCAAAAACGGAGAUCCUUCCGGACUCUCCAAACACGCCAGUGACAACGGGGCCCGGUCUGCCAACCAGUCCCCGCAGUCCGUGGGCAGCUCUGGCAUCGACAGCGGUGUGGAGAGCACGUCGGACAGCCUGAGGGACCUGCCAUCCAUCGCCAUCUCCCUGUGCGGGGGCCUCAGCGACAAUCGGGAGAUAACCAAAGAUGCAUUUCUGGAACAAGCCGUGUCGUAUCAACAGUUUGUGGACAACCCGGCUCUCAUUGAUGACCCCAAUCUUGUGGUGAAGAUCGGGAAUAAAUACUAUAACUGGACGACAGCAGCACCUCUGCUCCUGGCAAUGCAGGCCUUCCAGAAACCUUUGCCAAAGGCCACUGUGGAAUCUAUCAUGAGGGAUAAGAUGCCCAGAAAGGGAGGAAGAUGGUGGUUUUCAUGGAGGGGAAGAAAUACCACAAUCAAAGAGGAAAGUAAGCCGGAGCAGUGCUUGGCUGGAAAGAGCCACAGCACCGGGGAACAGCCGUCGGCACUCAGCACGGCCACCAGAAUAAAGCAUGAAUCAUCCUCUAGUGAUGAAGAGCACACAGCUGCCAAACCAUCAAGUGCAAGCCACCUCCCUCUGUUGUCCAAUGUCAGCUACAGGAAGACCCUUCGGCUCACUUCAGAGCAACUGAAAAGCUUGAAGUUGAAGAACGGCCCCAACGACGUGGUGUUCAGCGUGACCACACAGUACCAAGGCACGUGUCGCUGCGAAGGCACCAUCUAUCUGUGGAACUGGGACGACAAAGUCAUCAUCUCAGACAUCGAUGGGACCAUCACCAGAUCAGAUACUCUUGGCCACAUUCUGCCCACCCUGGGCAAGGAUUGGACCCACCAGGGCAUCGCCAAGCUCUACCAUAAAGUGAGCCAAAAUGGCUAUAAGUUUCUCUACUGUUCUGCACGGGCCAUCGGGAUGGCAGACAUGACGAGGGGCUACCUGCACUGGGUCAAUGAGAGGGGCACGGUGCUGCCUCAGGGGCCCCUGCUGCUGAGCCCAAGCAGUCUCUUUUCGGCCUUGCACAGAGAAGUGAUUGAGAAGAAGCCAGAGAAGUUUAAAGUCCAGUGUUUGACAGACAUCAAAAACCUGUUUUUUCCCAACACAGAACCCUUUUAUGCUGCUUUUGGAAACCGACCGGCUGAUGUGUAUUCGUAUAAGCAAGUAGGAGUGUCUUUGAACAGAAUAUUUACUGUCAAUCCCAAAGGAGAACUUGUACAGGAACACGCAAAGACCAACAUCUCCUCGUACGUGAGACUCUGUGAAGUGGUUGACCACGUUUUCCCAUUGCUGAAAAGAAGCCAUUCUUCAGACUUCCCCUGCUCAGAUACCUUCAGUAAUUUCACCUUUUGGAGAGAGCCACUGCCACCUUUUGAAAACCAGGAUGUUCAUUCUUCCUCAGCAUAAAACGUUGCAAGCCACCUCCUGACAUCAUGUGAAGACCAGCACCCCCGAUUAAAGGACAGGUUUUGGUAGCCACGGAGCAGGAGCUCGGGAGCCUGAUGUGCGGUCAUUUGCUUAAGAGCAGAGAAAUCUGAGGGGCCUUUCUCUCCCUUCCCCGUGGCCCCCAGGGGUGGACUUUUCUAAGUGAAAUACAAAGGGUGUACUUUAUAGGCGAG